AUGGCUGACGAAGGACAUAAUGGAAAUGCUGCUGGAGAUGCUGAGCCGGAAAACUUCCGCAAAAUCUUCGUGGGAGGCCUCACUGGUAACACAACCGAUGAAGUCAUGCGGGAGUUCUACUCACAAUUCGGUGAGCUGACUGACAUAAUCGUCAUGCGCGAUCCAAACACCAAGCGGUCGAGAGGCUUCGGUUUCGUCACCUUCGCCACUAAAGCUAAUGUUGAUGCUGCUAUGGCUGCUCGUCCUCAUGUCAUCGAUGGAAAAACGGUUGAUCCUAAACGUGCUGUUCCUAGAGAUGACAAGAAUCGCAAUGAGUCAAAUGUGUCCACUAAACGUUUGUACGUUAGUGGAGUUCGCGAGGACCAUACAGAAGAAAUGUUCACGGAGUACUUUAGCAAGUUCGGAAAUGUUGUGAAAUCUGAAAUCAUACUCGAUAAAGUAAGCAAUAAACCCCGUGGAUUCGGAUUCGUUACCUUCGAUGAUUACGACCCGGUCGACCAAUGUGUUUUGCUCCGAAGUCACAUGAUAAACGGGUUCAGGUGUGAUGUAAAGAAGGGUCUUUCGAAAGAUGAAAUGAACAAAGUCGCCCAAAGUAAUCGCGAUCGUAUGGAUAGAAUGGGACGCUCGCGCGGAGAUCAGCGAGGUGGUUAUGGAGGGCCAGGAGGCGGUUGGGGUGGUCAACAAGGAGGACAAGGACAGCGUGGAGGUUGGGGACAACAGGGUUAUGGCCAGCAGGGAUAUGGUGGCCCGCAAGGAGGCUAUGGACAACAAGGUGGAUACGGAGGAUAUGGUCAACAGCAGGGUUGGGGAGACCAGUCAGGAUGGGGUCAGCAAUCCGGUGGAGGCGGCUGGGGUGGCCAAGGCGGAGGCUGGGGCCAACAGUCCGGUGGAUGGGGAGCGAGUGGUGCACCAUCUGGGCAGCAGCAGUGGGCUAAUGCUCAAGGAGGUGGCAGAUACUAGUCUGAUCUCUUUUUGACGCUUUUCAAGUGCUUAUGCACAUUGUGGUUGCCACGAAGUGUUAUCUGAUCUUCUCUCUUUGUUACGUAUCUUGUUGUUCUUAACGUCAUCGUUGACGUGUAUCUCUUCAAAUUACUGCUAAGCUGUAUAUAGAAGUUGGGCAAUUAAUUCCACGUUUUCCGUAUUGAGUGUAAGGCUUGGCCAUUUGGAAGUGCUUCGUGUUUUGUGCUAUUGUUUUGUGAGAUUUGUGGAGUUCUGUUAAGUAAUAAAGCUAAG